UGAAGAGGGAAGAAGAGGGAGCAGAAUGGUGGCGAUCCAGGAGCCUUUGAGUGCUCUGCUGGCGAUUCUUCUGCUUCUAUACUUGAUGAAAAGAUGGUGGUCACACCAACGUUACCCUCCUGGGCCUCUUUCUCUUCCCAUCAUUGGAAGCAUAUGGCGAAUAAGGUUUGGGAUUGGAUUGAAUGAAAGAACAAUGAUCAAGAUGGCAAAACAGUAUGGAAAUGUUUUCACUUUGUGGAUGGGAGAUAUGCCAAUAGUACUACUGUCUGGAUUCGAAACUGUGAAGGAAGGACUGAUCGAUCACUCAGAAGAAUUAUCAGGACGGGCAAGCAGUCCAUAUGUUAAAUUUAUAGGAAAAGGAAAAGGUAUUACGUUUUCAAAUGGAGACCUCUGGAAGCAACAGAGGCGGUUUGCAGUGGGUACCAUGAGGAAAUUGGGAACAGGGAGAAAAAGCAUGGAGAGCCAAAUAGAAGUGGAUGCCCAGAAACUUGUAGAGAUAUUUGCACGUGAAAAAGGGCAGCCAUUUGAUCCUGCGUUGCCUAUCAUCAAUUCAGUCUCCAAUGUGACAUGUAUCAUGCUUUUUGGACACCGGUUCCCUCUUGAAGAUGAAAACUUUAAGGAACUGAUUGAUGCCAUUGAAUGUACCUUCAAAUUUGGAGGAUCUCCCGUUCAUAUUUUGUUUGAAUUGUUCCCAUGGAUAUUGAAGCGUCUUCCAGGGCCUCACAUGAAGGCACUAGAGAGCAUAAAGAUUAUGUUUUCAUUAGGGGAAAAAGAAAUACUUAAACAUAAGGAGAAACUGUCCUCUCGUGAGCCACAGGAUUUCAUUGAUCACUACCUUCUUCAUAUAGAGAAAGAACAGAAGAAUGAUCCUACCUCGAUAUUUGAUGAAGAUAACCUGGCUCACUGUAUUAGUGACCUCUUUAUUGCUGGAACACAUAUAUCUGCAUUGUUUAUGCAAUGGGCAAUCCUCCUUUUGACAAAUCGUCCAUAUAUCCAAGAUAAAAUCAUCAAGGAGAUAGAUGAUGUGUUGGGUUCCUCUUCCAUCUGCUAUGAAGACCAUAAGCAGCUGCCUUAUACUAACGCUGUGUUUCAUGAGAUCAUGCGUUACAGAUAUGUUGUGUUAAUAGGCACAGGAAGGCAAACUACUAAAGACGUGAAUAUAGGGAGUUUUUUCAUCCCAAAGGAGACAGUUGUUAUACCCGAUAUGUAUGCUAUUCUUCAUGAUCCUCAGCACUGGGAGACUCCUGAAGAAUUCAAUCCUAAUCAUUUUUUGGACAAAGAUGGAAAUUUCGUUACUAGAAAGGAGUUCCUGGUAUUUGGAGCAGGGGCUCGGCUGUGUUUGGGAGAACACAUGGGGAGGAUGCAGUACUUCCUCUUCUUGACCAGCCUGUUGAAGGCAUUCCAUCUCCAGCUGCCUCCAGGAGUCAAAGAGCUCAGUGAAGAAAUUGUAAUAGGAACGUUGCUGUCACCCAAACCUCACAAAAUUUGUGCUGUUCCUCGUGAAAGUUCAUCAAAAAGUAUCCAAAAUGCAAUAGACUCUGAGUUAACCAACUAGCACUCAUAGGGAUUGAGAUGCAGAAUGAAUGUUGAGAGUUAUUUUUGGAAACAGGUCUGACCAAUAUUAUACCUUAUACUACACCAUGCCAUAAACUCUGUAAUUAUUUGACAUUAAUCUUGAAAUACAGUAGUUGAAAUUAAGACAAAUAAAGAUAAACCUACUUUAAUGUAGUAGAGUUUUCCUGUAUUAUAGAUGCAUUUUAACAGUCAUUUAAAGUAUUUUUGCUGGUUGCUUGAGAGCUCUGAUUGGUUUUGUUUUGGUUAACUGAGAGUCUACUGUAAUUCCAACGGCUUACAAUUUAAUCCUGUGAUUUUAAAGGAAAUUUACUCUUCAUUUAAUGUUCCGAAGCUUCUUUCCCACUCACAGGGCCUGAAGCAAA